GCAAUAGUCCCCUCCCCCAACCAGCUGUGAAGGGCAGAGGUGUGGGGUAAAGGGGCAGGGCAUGCUCUUCGCUGGGGGGACAGGAGCAUGGAUGGGCAGGGAUAGAGAUGCCAAUGGGGUGAGGGAGGUGGGGAGAUGGAUGUUGGGCAUCAUCUGGCAGGGGAGGUGGGGACGCGGGUGGAUGUUGGGGGAGCAAGUGGGAACUGGUGGAGACACUGGCUCCGGCCGGGGGGUGACAGGACGGUCAGGGAGGAUGUUAUGGUUACUGAUCUUGAGGAACUUCAGGAUUUGCUGAAUAUUAAUAUUGAAAAGAACAAGCAUCUUGUCACAGGCUCAGUGGAAGCCAAGGUACUGAAAUGGGGUGAAGAUGUAAAAGAAUUUCUGCCUGCACCAGAUUAUAUACUUAUGGCAGACUGCAUUUACUAUGAGGAGUCAUUAGAGCCGUUACUGAAGACCCUGAAAGACCUUUCAGGUCCUGAUACCUGUAUCAUAUGUUGUUACGAACAAAGGACUAUGGGUAAGAACCCGGAAAUAGAGCGAAAAUACUUUGAGCUGCUCCAGAAGGACUUUGAGUUGGAAAAGGUUCCACUGGAGAAACAUGAUGAGGAGUAUCGGAGUGAGGACAUUCACAUCUUGAACAUCCGAAGGAAAAAAAUGGCAGGAAUUUCCCAUCGUGAGAUCUUUGACCAUGUUAUCUGAUCCUCUGGAGAGAAGAGAGAGUGUAAAUUAACUCAAAGAGGCUAUCUCUAAAGCUGUUCAUGGCUCCUCUACAGAAUGUCUUCUAGACAGCGGAGUCAGGAUGAGAUAUAAGGAGACAGUGGGUCAGUCGCUAUAGAACCACAGGCAGUAUCCGUCUUAGAGGACAAACAUGAUUUGUUAAUAUUGACAAAGCAGCCUCACCAAGAGAGAGCGAAAAAUGGAACUGAAAUGUAACCUAGACUGAUGUCCUAUUCAUGGGCCAGCUGUAUAGAUGGGAGGGCUACACUGGUGAAUCGGAGACACAUACAGUGUGCUGAGUUCAAACAAAUCAGAUCCAAGCAUUGCAUAACAAAGCCUAUCUGAAUAGGAGGGUGUGUAGGAUGCUGAAGGUCACCCACUUUUCCCGAAGAGGAAACUCCUUAUCCUGACUGAAUUUUACCUUAAAUUUAAGAGCAGAUGUCUAUGUAUACUUCAUAAAGAGUUUGUACUCGA